AUGUCCGUACACAGUGCCGGCGAGGAGAGUGACCAUAACGUGGCCAUGGAGCCGUUUGACGGAGAGGACGAGGACUCGAUUGUCGACGAACAGGAGAUCGAAGAGCAAGCGAUGCAGGAUCAGUUAAUUGACAAUUUCCUUGCGCCGCUCGCCGUCAACGAUGCGAGGCUGUACCAGCUAGGCUGCCGCUUCUCGCAGCUCUACCUCGAGCUCGCGCGCACAUCAGACCAGCAGUUCCUCCCCACGCCGGUGACGCGGCUGCCCAACGGCCAGGAGACCGGCCGAUACCUCGCCAUAGACGUCGGCGGGAGCAACCUCAGGGUCGCUUUCAUCGAGCUACUCGGCGCCGCGACCGACCAUCUAGAGACCAGCAGCAAUGGCAGCGAGAGCGUCUCCAACUCCGAGAGAUCACGUGAUACGCUUCGAAAGGCGCAGAGACAUCGAGUACGCCGGACGCUGGAGAAGGCAUGGCCGAUAGCAGCGCAUCUGAAGAUGGACAAGGCCGAGGAUCUCUUCCUGUGGAUCGGGGACUGCAUGGCCGAAGUGGUGGCCGACAGCCUGGCUACGGACACGGCUAGCAAGGAGGCGCCAGAGGAGCUCGAGAUGGGCAUCACCUUUAGUUUUCCCAUGAUGCAAGAUUCGCUCUCUGAGGCUACGCUGAUGCCCAUGGGAAAGGGGUUCGCCAUCACAUCAGACCUGAACCUAGGAAAGAUAUUACUAGCAGGGUAUGAUAGGCAUACUCGACGGCCGUAUGGAUCCGAUGAACCGUCUGCAAAGCGACGGAGGCGGUUUGCUUUGCCAAAACUGAAGAUUGCAGCCAUCACCAACGACACCGUUGCUACCCUGGCGUCGCUGGCUUACAUGGUCAAGUCGUUGCCCAACAGCCGUGUUGCAAUGGGACUUAUCGUUGGCACUGGCUGCAAUGCCACAAUACCCAUGAAACUAUCGGACCUACACGAGUCCAAAGCCAAACAUGUCUCCUCGCGGCAUCCAGAGGCUACGGAAACAGUCGUCAACACCGAAUUCACACUCGGCGGCGCAGCUCCUCCGCUUCGAGAUCUAAAGUUUACCACAAAAUGGGAUAUACAACUGGAUGAGCAGUGUGCUCGUCCUGGCUUCCAGCCCUUUGAGUACAUGACCGGAGGACGUUAUAUCGGUGAGCUAGUCAGACUGGUAUUCCAUGACUACCUGACAUCGGUGUUGGGACUGGCCCCCAAGGCACUGCCGGCGAACCUCAUCCAGGGCUAUGCUCUUUCCACUGGCUACCUCUCAGGUGUCGUAGCACCUGCGCACUCUGACCAGCAGUUGUUGAUAAAACUGAAAGCCACCUUGCCCCCACCGGAAUCAAGCAGCUGGAACUGGGACAUAUAUACCGCGCGCGCGUUCCGGAAAACCGCUAGAAUAGUGCAGACACGCUCUGCAGGCCUCGUUGCCGCCGCCGUUGUCGGUCUUCUAGCAUGCCAGAAGGAGAUUCAGCUACGUUCUGACGGUGCUACCAACCCUAAGCGGUCAACAAAUAUCAUUGUCCCGUCGUUUAAUAAUUCAACGGACACUAUCACUAGCGUUUAUCGUCCUGCCUCCACGACGCCGCAGGGGAACGGUGAUCCGUCCACUCCUGGCGUGGACUCUCCGCCGUCGGGAUGGCAGUCUGGCCCGGAAGAGCUGGUCGUCGCUUACACAGGUGGAAUUAUCCAGCAUUAUCCCCAUUUCAAAGAAACAUGUCAAGGGUUUAUUGAUCGUCUCGUCAUCUGGGAUGGGCCCCAGGAAAGCGGUAAGUCCGUGUUCUUGAGAGAAGCUUCCGAUGGAGGAAUCAUCGGUGCAGGCGUUCUGGCUGGCAUGGUCUCAACCACUUGA